AUGGACCUGCUGGCCCUGCUGCUCCCCUGCCUCCUGGCCCAGCUGGGAGGGGUCGUCGCCAUGGCCUCCCGGGGACCCCAGGACCUCCAUCCCAAUCCUCCCCCCGCCACACGUCUGGAGCUGAUGGAGAAAUUCAAGGAAUUCCAGAAUUGCUACAAUAAGAGCUACGAGGACCAAACAGAGCACGCGCGACGCUUUGAGAUCUUUGUCCAGAACCUGGCCCGGGCCCGGAAGCUGCAGGAGGAGGACCAGGGCACGGCGGAGUUUGGGGUCACUCCCUUCAGUGAUCUCUCGGAGGACGAGUUUCUCAGUCUUUACGCGUCCAGAUUCAAGAUGCCCCCCGGAUGGGCAAAUCAAACAGCCAGGGUCCCCAAGGGGCCUCUCCACAGGAGGACUUGUGAUUGGAGGGAUAUAAAGGCCGUCACACCGGUCAAAAAUCAGGGAUCCUGCCGCUCCUGUUGGGCCUUCGCCGCCGUCGGCAAUGUGGAGUCCCUGUGGCACCUCAGGACUGGCAACCAACUCGUCUCCCUCUCGGUGCAAGAGCUUUUGGACUGCGGUCGAUGUGGGAACGGUUGCAUGGGGGGCCACACCUGGGACGCCUUCCUCACCGUCCUCAGCAACAGUGGCCUGGCCAGCGAGGAGGACUACCCCUACGAGGCCCGGGUCAAGCGCGGCAGAUGCCGAGCCAAGAAGUCCAGGGCUGCUUGGAUCUUCGACUUCCUCAUACUGCCCCGUGAUGAGCAGUACAUGGCCCAACACCUGGCUGACAACGGACCCAUCGCCGUAAGCAUCAACAUGGCACAGCUGCAGCUCUACGUCAGAGGAGUUCUGCAUCCGACCCGCUCUAACUGUGAACCCGAUUUACUAAACCACUGUGUCCUGGCGGUGGGCUUUGGCUUCAGUAAUGGUUCCUCUCACUGGAUCCUGAAGAAUUCUUGGGGCCCAGAAUGGGGAGAAGAGGGCUAUUUCCGGCUGCAUCAUGGGAGCAAUGCCUGUGGGAUUGCCAAGUAUCCCAUCACUGCCGUGGUCAAAGGUCAUGCGUCUUACAGCUCCUGCCCACUGUGAGACUGUCGGCCCCGUCCACCACCCGUUGGCCUGUAUUCCCUAAGCCCCCCACCGUCCCUCUCCCCUGCGGCUCCAAUAGAGGCCACCCCCGCUCUUGACCCUCCCCAAACAAUCCCAAGUCCCAGCCCGUCCAUGGAGCGACCUGGAAGAAGCCUGAUGGGCGAAGAUGGCUGGUCUGGGCCACUCCCCCGACCCCUCUGGUUGCCCAGCAGCUGGCUUACAGCUUUGUCCCCCUGCCCACUUUCCUCACACCUCCUCCUCCCCUCCGUCCGGACCCCCGGCCACCCGCUUAAGGCUGCAUCUCCCUGCCCGUUCCCCCGGCAUCUGCCCUCCGUUUCCCUCCGGCUCCCCUACCCCCAUUAUAGUUAGGGCUGAGUCUCCCUGUCCCCCUCCCUCCGCAUACACACCUCUCCCUCUCACUCUUCUGUCCCCAGCUGAAGCCUGGGUGUCCCCUCAGUCCACUGAGGAGCAGGACC